UGCAUCUUCAGUGGCCAGCCGGGAGGAGACCUGCGGUCGCGCCGAGAGCCCGACGGACCUUCCCCGGGGGCGCGCCUGCCGCGCACUGCCUCGCCCCGCCGGGCGCUUCGCAUCAGGUUUCCCAGCCACAGACUUACCUAAGGGCUCCUGAAUUUCCAGGGCUUCCAGAGGAUGCUCGAGCCACCAGAGGGGACCUCGGGGCAGUAGUAGGGGGACAUCCAGCUCCCCGCUCAGCGCCUCUCCUCCUGUGCCAGGGGCUCCCCCAGGGGGAUGAGCAGGGUGAUUUUCCUAGCUUGGGACAUUUGAGAAGAUGCUUGCCAUGAGGCUGCUGACUUGCUUCCUGCAGCUCCUGGCUGGGCUGGCGCUGCCUGCUGUGCCCUCCCAGCAGUCGGCCUUGCCUGCUAGAGACAACUCAUCAGAGACGGAAGUGGUGCCCUUCCAGGAAGUGUGGGGCCGCAGCUACUGCCGGUCGAUGGAGAAGCUGGUGAACAUCAUGUCGCUGUACCCCAAUGAAGUGCAGUACAUGUUCAACCCAUCCUGUGUCGCCCUGCUGCGCUGCACCGGCUGCUGUGGUGACGAGUCCCUGCACUGUGUGCCGGUGGAGACGGCCAAUGUCACCAUGCAGAUCCUGAAGAUCGGCUCUAAGAAGCAACCCUCCUACGUGGAGAUGACGUUCUCUCAGCACAAGCGCUGCGAGUGCAGGCCUGUGUGGGACGUGAUAAAGCCAGAAAGGAGGAGACACAAGGGCAGUGGGAAGAGGAAGAAAGAGAAGCAGAGACCCACAGUCUGCCACCUGUGCGGUAAUACCACUCCCCUGAGGUAACCGGCCCUCGGAGGAGAGAGACCCCACGCCCGGCUCCUGUAUUUAUUAUCAUCACAUUCUCAGUUACCUCCCUGCAGGCACCUGCCCUCUAUUUAUUAGCCAAUUGUAUCCCUGCUGAAUGACUCGAUCCCUCCAAGACGAGGGACAGGACCCUCAGGAAUUCAUUGCCUUAAACAGAACGUGAGAGAAAGAAGGCAGCCAUGGAUCACGUGUGCGCCAGCCUGGGAAGAAGCGGGACAUGCAGCAUGUCAGGGGCAAGUCAGGCCCCAGAGGCCCUGGGGGGUCUCCAAGGGGCCGGAGAGGGAAGGAGAGAGAGGGGACCCACCGCCUGUCC